UUCACUCUAAACUAAGCAUGACAGUCGAUGGAAAAGCAGUGCAACAAAGAGCCAUUUUUGAGCAUAUUCCUCUCUUUCUCUUCCAAUUUCGAUUACACGCACUUAUCUAAUAAAUUUAUUUUGAAAUCUUGCGAAAUCGUCAGAAUUGUUACAUACACGACUAAGAAAAGACGUGCACGCUCGUCGAGUAAAAGAAAUGCGGCGAUGCCUUCGUGAAAAAAUGUACUUUUUAAAAACAAACUUUUUUUUUAUCAUGCGGAAAUGAUAUCUCGAGCCUAAAAAAUUUCGCACAAAGUACAACCCAAUUUUUGUGGUGCGCUCGUAAUUUGUUGCUCGCCGCAAAAUGCAAUGUAAAAUCAACGACCUGCCCGACGAAUUGCUGGAGUAUAUCCUAAGCCUGAUACCACCUUACAAAGAUCUCCAGGAGUGUAGGCUUGUCUGUAAAAGAUGGUACCGCGCUACCAAAAAUGUGGUAGAACACAAUGAAGCACAUUUUCAAAAGUCUGUCGCUUUUGGAUCUUUGCUGUGGGAUUCGUUGCCGUCUAUGCACUGGAUAUCUACCAUUGGGAAGAGACACUCGCAUUCUGCUUGCAUAUAUGACAAUUCCAUGUACGUCUUCGGUGGCUGUACAGCUACAUGGACAACGUUCAAUGAUCUGUGGCAAUUAGAUUUAAGCACGAGAACAUGGGCCAGACCAAUCACCAUGGGCAACUAUCCGUCGCCCAAAGCUUGCGCCACUAUGCUUUAUUAUAAGGACAGUUUAAUUUUAUUUGGAGGUUGGUCUCAUCCGUCGCCAUAUCCAUUACAUCAGCAAUGGAAAUUGUUUAAUGAAUUACAUGUAUACUCUAUAAAAUCAAACAAGUGGACCGCUAUAAAUACAUUAGAAACUCCACCACCAACAUCCGCACAUUCUGCAACAAUACAUAAGAACUUAAUGGUCGUUUUUGGCGGAGUUUGUAAUGGCUACAGCUCCAAUGAUGUAUGGUGCUUAAAUUUGGAUUCGUAUACCUGGCACAAACAAAGUACAUCGGUUUUGAACCCAGAGCCACGUUACGGCCAGUCGCAAAUUAAACUUGGGGAGAAGCAUUUACUUGUGCUUGGAGGUUGCACAGGACCUAAUGCCGCUAUGAAUGACGCUUGGUUGUUAACGAUGGAGGGUGUGUCUUGGACGUGGAAGAAAGUCAAUAUGCACAAUACAGAAUGGGCACCAACGCGUAUCUGGUGUCAUCAGGCCUGUAAGGUGGGAAAUUAUAUUAUUGUACUUAGCAAAAAUAGACGUCAAACCAAGUCAAAUGAUAUGAGUAUCUCGUUGAAAAAAGUUCAAAGGAGUACCUCACCACGUUUAUGCGAGUCGAAUCCUUUGCCCGAAAGGCAAGGAAAUGUAACUGCCGUAGAUAAGGAUGAAAAUAUAAAUGGACGGCAUGGAGCGUUCUCCAGGUCACACAAUUCGCAAAACGCACACGCUUCGUCCCACGCAUCCAGUAUCCCGAAAACGAUACCGUUUUACAGCGACAACACUCUGAGCAUGGCCGCGUUUCGCGAUCAACCUCUGCGUAGUAACGCAGUCACGAAUAGACAACGUCAAUUGGAAUCGCUAAGAAGGAUGGAGGAGAAAAUUCGUAAUAAGAAGGCGCAGCAGACGAAAGUGUCCAAAAAAGCUGAAAACACACUGUCGAUAUUCGUAUUGGAUAUUACUAAUGUUCUUUCGGACGACUGCAACGCUUUGUGGAUUCCCCUAAAGCAAAACGAUCAUUCGGGGCCCGACGAGAGAAUUCUGUAUUCUCUUGUAGUGGGAAGGGGAGAACUGAUAGUUUUUGGGGGUAUUCGUAGAGACGAUUCUGUAGUAUAUAAUGAUCUCCAUUUUAUAAAUCCACCUCGAUAUGUUAUUUAAUAUUGAAAGGCAAUUAAAAAUAGUCUCAUAUUAUUUUAUGUUAUUACUGCAAUUUUUUUUCAAAGAUUUUAUUUUCAUUCUAAUCAUAAUUGUAAUAUAUAUGUAUAAAAUUAACACUAAAACCGUGGCCAUGCCAUUUUUGACUCA